AUGAAAUUCAACUCGCGUCUAGAUUACGUGAUGUCUAACAGCAAUAUCGUUUGUUUUACAGACUCCCAAGAUGUUGACUUGGACGCGAUCCUCGGGGAACUAUGCGCGUUGGAGAGACGAUGUGAUGGGGACAUUGCUUCUACUCCGGCGCCAGAUACGCAACGAACUGGAAGACCUAACAGUGGAAGAAUCAACACUGGAGACAACAAUGACAUUGGAAAAACUGACGGAGGUAUGCGCACCGAUAGUCCCGAUAAUGAUAGUGCCUUCUCGGACACGGUGUCGAUGUUGUCAAGCGAGAGCUCAGCAAGCAGCAGUGGUUCAGGACACAAGCCACCUCAGACCGUCAUGCACACGGCACCCCAACAGCAAUCACAUCAGUUAAUGGAUGCAGCAAGUAGAGCUAAAGCUGAAAAAAUCCGAUUAGCACUGGAGAAAAUGCGGGAAGCCAGUGUUCAAAAACUUUUCAUCAAAGCUUUCACAUUGGAUGGAAGCGGAAAAAGUCUUCUUGUCGACGAAGGAAUGAGUGUCGCUCAUGUUUGUAGAUUAUUAGCAGAUAAGAACCACGUUGCGAUGGAUCCAAAGUGGGCUGUCGUUGAGCAUCUGCCUGAGCUUUUUAUGGAGAGGGUAUACGAGGAUCAUGAAUUGCUGGUAGAAAAUCUACUGUUGUGGACAAGAGACUCGAAGAAUAAAUUGUUGUUUGUCGAGAGACCAGACAAAACUCAACUUUUUCUAUCGCCCGAGAAGUACCUACUUGGUCAAUCAGACAGAAAUACAGGCGAGUACGACGACCAUUCGAGGAACAUCUUGCUUGAGGAGUUCUUUUCUAGCAGCAAUGUUGGAGUACCCGAGGUCGAGGGUCCACUGUACUUGAAGUCAGACGGUAAAAAAGGCUGGAAGAAGUACCACUUUAUUCUACGUGCUUCCGGUCUUUACUACUGGCCUAAAGAAAAAGCGAGAACUGCUAGGGAUCUUGUGUGUUUAGCGACAUUAGACGUCAACCAAGUGUACUACGGUGUGGGAUGGAAGAAAAAAUACAAAGCACCAACAGAUUUUUGCUUCGCCGUUAAACAUCCACGACUUCAGCAGCCAAAAUCAACAAAGUACAUAAAGUUUCUCUGCGCCGAGGAUAAUGCCUCGUUGGAGCGAUGGAUGGUUGGUGUCCGAGUGGCUAAAUACGGGCGACAGCUAAUGGAAAACUACAGGACGCUGGUAGAUGAACUCGCACAAGAAGACUUGGAUAUUCUGGCGCACGCUAGAUCCUGCUCCGUCAGUUCAAUCGCCGUGCCACCAACCAACCAGACGCAGUACAAUACCACCAACGAUAACACCAGACAAUUUACGGAAAUUAACAGGCACAAUGGGACCGACAACUCCCGACAGUAUGAUAAUCAGCGGCAGAGCUACAAUUCCGAGCAACGACAGAGUUAUACAAAUGAUGGUAGACUCAGCCGUGCCAGCAGCUCCAGCUCCAGUGGAUGCUUGUCAGAUGGAGCACCGAGCAGUUGCGAGGUCGCCUUUGAAUGCGGCGAGUUCCCAACAGGUACAAUAAAACGCAAGCCCUCAAUGAACCCAAAGUUGCCAUUAACUUCCAUUACCAGACAGCUAAAAGAAGUAGGCGAAACUGUCCGUGACGAACCAGACUCUUGUCCAAGUCCCACGAGUUCAGGCUCCGGUACACUGACACGGAGACACAGUCGUAGAAGAAGCGGCACUGAUUCCGAUGGGUCUGGUACUUUAAAACGACAUCACAGAUCUGGAAACGCCACACCCGUCAGUCCCAUUCCUCCUGGCACUCCAGUCCGCGAAAGAGUCAGUCCCAUGAAUUUCUCCAGAACAGACAGUCAAGAACCUAAAACUCCCACUAGUCCAAUACCAGAGUGUAUGAUGGACUCGAUUACCUCUCUACCGCCUCCGCCAUCACCCCCAAGACUUACUGAAGAAAUAGAGUCUGACGGCGAGCCUCUGCCACCUCCUCCACCAGAAAUGUUCCGGUCAAAUCUGUCCUUAGAUUCAUUACCACCACCACCAGCUCCUGGUGAGUUACCCAUUUGUGACACAACUGAUUUUUCUGGAUCAUCUUUAAGCCUAGUCUCAUUGCCACCACCGCCAAGUCCGCUUGUUGGCGAAACCGGUACCAUUCGACGUGCCAGGCCUAAUAAACAGACAACCCCAACAAAUUCAUUGUCACCAGAAUGCACACCAACUCACACACCAACACGCAACAACGGUAAUCAAAUUUACGGAAUGAUUAAUGAUAACAAUAACAUGACACCAAAUCAAAACUGUAAUCUUUCUCUACAAAAUAAUGGCUAUGCUCAUAACCACGCAUCCAAUAUGUCGGCAAAUGAUUCUUAUCCUGGAUCCAAUGCCAGCACACCGACAUUCAUGCCAAGUUCACCGAAUUUUGCAAUACCACCACCCUUUGUACCACCUCCAGCUUAUGGGGCUCAACAACAGCAGCAGCAGCAACAACAACAAUUGCAAUUACAGUUACAACAACAGCAGCAGCUACAACAACAACAACUACAACAACAACAACAACAACAACAACAACAACAACAACAACAACAACUACAACCACAACCACAACCACAACAACAGAACAGCCUUCAGCGACAAAAUUACAAUUCAGAUCAAAUUUACGGAACUUAUCCAGCUGCUCAGCAGUGUGGGCCAAUAAUCAGGCCUAAUCCGAACAUGGAUACCAUCCGAAGAAGUGCUUUAAAACAAAAUUCCGGACACUACGCUACUCCACCGUACCUUGCAGAACUGAAAGCUACCGCUAGUCCACAACCACAGAGGCGGGUAACCAUCCUAGAGCCUCCAACCUCACCUAAAUCAAAGACUGGAACUGGUAAGAAGAUUUCAUUCAAUUUGCCACCACAGCAAGAGCCAGGAAGUCCAGCUUUGCCGCAAAGAAAGCCAAUGCCACCGAGAAGAUCCGAUAGCACACGACUGACUUCACCGAAAAAGUUGGCAGCUUCUGACCAAGCGCCACCCGGUGAUUUUCUAAAAGAUCUUCAGAGAGUUAUGAGAAAAAAAUGGCAAGUUGCGCAAAAGUGUAAGUUAGAUUCAACAACUACACCCCACGAAGUACUCGGUUUCCGUGAUCCGCCCCCGGCAAUUGCAGACUACAGAGAAACAAAUGUCUCUAAUUGGGUACAAGAGCAUUAUGGUGCUGAUAAUUUAUACGAGAAUGUAUACACAAAUGAUCCAACUGCUCCUGUUGAGUAUGCUUCAAGCCCAGGACGACAAUCAACAGUGAGAUUUGCUGAUGAAAAUAUAAGUAUGAAUAUUGCUAAUGUAAUAGCUAGUAAACGACGGCCACCACCACCACCACCAAAAAGAGCGGAGACGACUCAUCUAACAACACGAGCAAUGCACUGA